AUGUCAACACGUAGUGAUAGAGAUUGGAUGUACAAAAGGUUAGAUCAUGGGUAUCUUAGCACAACAUAUCAUGCAUCCGUCAAAGGAUUUCUGGAUGUUGCUUUUUCUAAUGAAGCAACUGUUGAUGGGGAUUAUAUUAGAUGUCCUUGUUUUAAAUGCAAGAACAUGUAUUAUAAAACAAGAGGUGAUGUAGAGCUUCACUUGUUACAAAACGGUUUCACUCCUAAUUACACAACUUGGUGGGUACAUGGUGAAAGAAAUACGAUAUCUCAGCAUGAGGAAGAAUCUUCUAAUCCGAUGCAGGAUCCGAUGGAAGAUGAUGAUGAUGAUGAUGUUAAUGAGUGUACACAAAUGUUGAUGGAUGUAAUGGAGGAACUCCCGAAUCCAACUGCCAAGGGGUUCUACGAGAUGUUAGAAGACGCUGAUGAACCUUUGUCGGAUGGAUGUGAAAAUUAUUCAAAAUUACAAGCUGCAAUAGAGUUGUUGCAUUGGAAGUCAGAAUACAAUAUAUCUGAGGCUGCCUAUGAUCACAUACUUCCUAUAAUUAAGCGGAUGCUACCCAAAGGUGAGAAACUAGUUGAGAACUUCUAUGAGACGAAGAAGCUUUUGAAAAUAAUUAGACUCCCAGAAAAAAAAGAUUCAUGCUUGCAAAAACCAUUGCAUGAUAUUCUAUGGGGCAGAUUCUGA